CAUAAUUUACCUCUUACAUCAUUAAAGCAGCAGACUCAUUUUGGAGCUUAAUGCAUUGCUGUGCGUGUAAAAGCGUGUUGUGUGGCGGGUGACGCAUGCUGCACAUACUGCGAGUGUGUGACCUGGUAGCACUGGCGGAGGUGGUGCAUGUGGUGCACCUGUGCUGCUGCUGUGCUCAUGGCCCAGAGGAGGGCGGCCGGUGGCUGCUGCUGCCCCAGGGCGCCCGUGAAUGAAGACAACGCCCGGUUCUGCCUGCUGGCCGGGCUCAUCCUGGUCUACCUGCUGUGUGGAGCCGCCAUCUUCUCAGCACUGGAACACCCCUUUGAGCUGCGCGCACGGCGCCUCUGGAAACAGCAGCUGGACAACUUCACCCACAGAUACCGGGUCAACCUGGGGGCCCUGCACACCCUGCUGCGUCAGUACGAGGAGGCGAACGGAGCCGGGAUCAGAGUGGACACGCUGAGGCCCCGUUGGGACUUUUCCGGCGCUUUCUACUUUGUUGGUACAGUGGUCUCCACUAUCGGCUUUGGAAUGACCACACCGGCGACCAUAGCUGGAAAAAUCUUCCUAAUCUUCUAUGGUCUCAUCGGCUGUGCCGCCACCAUUUUGUUCUUUAACCUCUUCCUGGAGCGGAUCAUCACAAUGUUAGCAUACAUCAUGCGCUGGUGUCACGAGCGCCGGCUGAGGUGUGCUGGAGUCUGGGUUGUGUCGAGCAGGGAAGACUCCGGCGAGGAGGACAGCCUGGAAGGCUGGAAGCCAUCGGUCUAUUACGUGAUGCUGAUCCUGGGCGUGGCGUCGGUCGUGAUCGCGUGCAGCGCCUCCACUCUGUACAGCCCCAUGGAGAACUGGAGCUACGUGGACUCCCUCUACUUCUGCUUCGUGGCCUUCAGCACCAUCGGCUUCGGGGACCUGGUGAGCAGCCAGAGAGCGCAGUACGAGUCUCAGGAGGCCUACCGACUGGGCAACUGCAUUUUCAUCCUGAUGGGGGUGUGUUGUAUCUAUUCGCUCUUCAACGUCAUUUCCAUUAUCAUCAAGCAAACGCUCACCUGGAUCGUUGGUAAGCUGGUGUGCUCGGGGCGGCAUCAGUGCUGCUCCUGCUCCAGACACGGAUGCUGGUGGUUCUGCUGCCCCUGCCUGAAGAAGAGGAAUCCCAACCACAUGCGCCCGCUCGCACGCGUCAGACAGAAGCGCUUGAAGCGCAACACCGUGCAGCCCAUCGCGUCCCACCGGCCCGCAGGAAGACACCGCCGCACCGACGGCUCGGUGGAGACGGUGUGCGACAGUGAGACGGACGCUGGCGCGGCCGCCGUGGGCCGCCGCAUGUCGGGGGAGAUGAUCUCUGUGAACGAGUUCAUGGUGUCCAAUAAGGUGUCUCUGGCACUGCUGCAGAAGCAGCUGAGCGAAACCGCUCAUCAGGGCCCGCGGCAGAGCUACAGCCAUCAAAACGGAUUCUCUGGGGGUGUUGGGGCCUUGGCCAUUAUGAAUAAUCGCCUACAGGAGACCAGCAUGGAUAGGUAGCAUAGACACCCAUAAUCCAACCUAUUUCCCUGAAUUGCAGAAAUCCUCAGUGGAGCCACCACAGAAUUCUGUGAAUAAUGCCCUUCCAAUUUUCAACUUAAGCAAUUUCAGGUCUGUGCUGACAAAUGCAGAACUACCACCUGAAUUCUCAACAUCCAAAAUUUGAUUACAUUUUGUUCUGUGUAGACUAAAAGACAAUUUAAAGAAUUUAACAUCUCUGUGAGGAAGGGUCUGAUGUUCUGAAGUGAUUGGCUCGUUCAAAAGCAAUCAGAUGAAAGAAGCCAUGAAGGGCCACUUAGAGGGGACUGCUGAUUUAAGAGUGCUGCACAUGUCGUCUGAGAUCCUCAUGAAUAUAGCUGAAUGUGAGGUGGUAGUCGGUAUUAGUGAAUAUACAGACAUCAACACGAUAUAUAUAUAUACAGUUUCCGCUUAAUUAACUAACUGCUUGCACAGCAUUCAACGUUUAAAUUGUGAUUUGUAUUCAAACAGAGGUUCUCAAACCCACACAAACACCCAAAAAGAAGCUUUUUAAUUUGUUAAUUGUUCAGAAGUCGCCAAGCUUGUUUUUCAUCAAUGCACGUCAUUGAUAUUCAUAGGAGUCAUGAAAUAGCGCCGUGAUCCAGGGUUUUAAAUAGAGCCGGUCUAAUCAAACCAGGCCCGUAGAGGACGUCCUUAAGUCAAAAGUGCUUUUAGUCACAGUAUCACAUCAUCAGAGCUGGGAGCAAGAUUCAUGCUCCUCCUAGCUCGAGGAGAUCCUUUACUAUGCAAAAAAACAAACAUUGGAAUCAAUUUUGUGUUGUACUGCAUCAUCCACAGUUUUUUUUAGUCAACAGGACGAUGAUUGUCAGGAGAAGAGCCUCCAUUUUUCUCUAGUUUCCACGUUUAAUACAUUCUUUGAUACUUUAUUUAAUCGGAGAACAAUGAGAGAAAUGGUGUUUUAGGGAUUUAUUUUGGGUAAAAACACUGCAAGUUGUCAAUUAAAUAUUAUUUUUUGGUGUUUAAAACAGCAAUGACUUUUAACCUGUCAUUUCUAUACACACAAAAUUUCUGAGAUGAUGAAUCCAUGAUGAAUCCAU